AUGGCCGAACAUUCCACCCAUAUUCGACACGUACUCCUUUACGAGUUCGAAUCUGGCCACCCCGCUGCUGAAGCCCAUCGAAACUUAAGUCAAGUACUCGGCACUGAAGUCCCUUCUGAGCGGUCUGUGCGCACCUGGUUCCAGCGCUUCAAAGCCGGAAACAAGGAACUCGAAGAUGAAUCUUGCUCUGGCCGACCGACUGCAAUAUCGUUCGACGAACUGAAGAAUGUGGCGGAGCAGCAUCCAUAUGAAAGUGUGCGGUAUUUUGCUGCCAGUUUUGGCUGUUCGCUGUCCACCGUGAGCAAUGGACUGCGAUCUCUCGGAAUGGUGAAAAAGAAACGUGCGUGGUGCGCUGGCGAUGAAAUGCCGGGUCCUUUCGUGAAAGGUGAAAUCCGUGAGAAGAAGGUCAUGCUGAGCGUCUGGUGGGGAGUUCAUGGAAUCUACCGUUUCGAACUGCUGCCGGACCACACGACAGUUACUGCUGAAGUCUACUGCGCUCAACUGCAAAGACUGGCCGACAAGAUCUGCAAGGAGCACCGGAAGCUCUACAACGUUCGCCUGCUGCACGAUAGCGCGCGCCCUCACACUGCGAAAAAAACUUUCCAGAAAAUUCUGGAGCUCGGAUGGGAAGUUCUACCGCACCCACCGUACAGCCCGGACCUGGCCCCGAGCUACUACCACCUCUUCCGAUCGCUUCAGCAUCACCUGGAAGAGAAGCGCUACGAUGAUCGUGACCACCUCGAAAAUGAUCUUCGGGCUUUCUUCGCUUCCAAGUCGCCGAAGUUCUACGCCAAAGGAAUCCGUGAUCUUGUGAGACGUUGGCAGAAGGUCGUCGAUGAUGAUGGAGAUUAUUCGUUGAAUAAUAAAAUGUUUUAA